AAUUGGAUCUAAUAUUGUGAGCUCGAUCCGAGCGUAACAUUCUACGAAAUGGAGUCAUAAAUAGAAGAGACGAGACUACGCGAGACAGAGAUGGAAAAGUUGCAGAGCUUUUUGGGACUGUGAAAGAAAAAGAAGAAGAAGGAAGAAGCAGCGAUCAAGAGGAAGGAGGAGAAACAAGGAGAGAGAGAGAGAGUAGAGAGAGAGGAAAUCGAGAUUUAUCAUGUCUGGCGAGAGGGUUGCGGUUGAGCUCUGCAAGGGCGUCAACGGCCUCGACAAAGUUGUGCUCCGCGAAGCACGUGGCAGCUCCGCUGAGGUGUAUCUGUAUGGGGGUCAAGUGACAUCUUGGAAAAAUGAUCAUGGGGAGGAAUUACUCUUUGUCAGUAGUAAGGCUAUAUUUAAGCCACCAAAAGCAAUCCGUGGAGGAAUCCCAAUAUGCUUUCCUCAGUUUUCAAACCUGGGUCCUCUAGAAGCACAUGGAUUUGCCAGAAAUAGGUUCUGGAGCAUUGAGACUGACCCACCUCCUCUCCCUACAAAUUCUUCCAGUAAGGCUUUUGUUGAUUUGCUCCUUAAGCAGUCUGAAGAAGAUAUGAAGAUCUGGCCUCACAGUUAUGAGUUUCGCUUGAGGGUUGCUUUGGGGCCUGGAGGAGAUCUUAUGUUGACUUCUCGCAUCAGGAACACCGGGACUGAUGGGAAGCCAUUUACAUUCACAUUUGCAUAUCACACUUAUUUCUCUGUUUCAGACAUCAGUGAAGUUCGUGUUGAAGGAUUAGAGACACUAGAUUAUCUUGACAACUUGCAAAAUAGGGAGCGUUUUACUGAACAGGGGGAUGCAAUAACAUUUGAAUCUGAAGUGGACAAGAUAUACCUCAGUACUCCCACAAAGAUUGCUAUUCUAGACCAUGAAAAGAAGAGGACAUUUGUAAUACGCAAAGAUGGACUUGCUGAUGCUGUGGUGUGGAACCCCUGGGAUAAAAAGGCAAAGGCAAUGGUUGAUUUUGGAGAUGAUGAAUAUAAGCAUAUGCUCUGUGUGGAGGCUGCUGCUAUUGAGAAGCCUAUCACACUGAAACCUGGUGAGGAGUGGAGAGGAAGGCUGGAACUUUCUGCUGUUCCUUCCAGUUAUUGUAGUGGCCAACUUGAUCCUCAGAAAGUACUUCAAAGCAGCUAAAAACAUCUUUAGUUCUGGCCAUACUAUGUACAGGUAUUUUGUUGCCACAUGUGGGUGGAUUACGGUAAUGGAUUCGUAGCCCCUUUUAAUUUUAUAUUUUUCUCUCUUGAACUUUUGUUGGGUGGAAAAGGACGGUUCAUGAAUAGCUGAGACUUCUGUGAAAUAAUGUUGCUUUUAGUGGUGAUUGUUUUUCAACCGAAAACCAAAUUAGUGACUGUUCCGGUCAUGUUGAGAUGGAGCAAACAAAGCAUAAAUAGAAAGGUUGAACUUGAACAUUAGUACUGCUGUGACAAAUGUGAAAUUUGUUAUCCUGAUGGAAAUGGAAUCACUUAGCACUGAAAAAUGAAAAUCAGUGUUUAUCUUUGUGUUCUUAUGAUGAGAUUCUUCAACAAAUUACUGUGAGCGUCCAGCAAACGAAGAUAUAAAUGACAGACAAUGAUUUAAUUCAGUUAGGUCGGUUCUGAAGAAUUUGUCCGCAAUAUGUCACUAUUUUGCUGUACGAGAACUAUUUACUUUUGAAUAAGCUUCCUCGUUUCUGUUGUUA